UUUCAUUUUAUAACUGCUGAGCAAUCUAGUCUAUUUGAUUAUAAGCAUCAAAGAAAUUGUACUGCUUUGUCUCUAGGUCUUGGAUCGACGGUGCCUGAGCUAGGUGACCUCUCUGGAAUGCCGGUUAUUGCUAAGACGCGAUUCAGCAUGAUCACUCCGGAGCUAGAAAAAGUCAUUCCAAUAGAUACCAAGUCCAUCCUCCUUUGUGGCAUCGAAACUCAUGUGUGUAUACAGCAGACAGCUUUGGACUUUGCUGAAAAAGGAUUAGAUGUUCACAUUAUUGCAGAUGCAUGCUCUUCCAGGAAUAUGGUUGACAGAUAG